GUAACUCUGAAAUACAGGAAGAGGAAAUCCAAAAGUUGACGUUAGUAGCUUUUAGCCCACGUUAGCUAUGAAACCUUUAGCUCAACCUAGUUAGUGAGCACUUUGCAGGUGUAGUUAACAGGCCUCAAAGCUCCAUUAGUAUGGUAUUUAGCAUGAACAGAAUCAAAGAUCUUUAAGGAUAUGCAGCCAUGGGUGACAUGAAAACCCCAGAUUUUGAUGAUCUUCUGGCAGCCUUUGACAUCCCUGACGCUACUGGAUUGGAUGCCAAAGAGCAGAUCCAGAUUAGCCACGAGGAGACAGAAAAUCAGCUGAAACAUGAUGAGAUGUGUCUGGAUAAAAGUUUGUUAGAUAACCCCGGUGUUUUACCUUCAGAUGUCCCUGUCGUAAGUGUAAUUGUGAAAAACACAAGUCGACAGGAGUCGAUAGAAGAGCACCGGGAUAGACAUCACUCUGGAACCACAUUGCAAAAUGGAUUCACGGGACAGGAAACCUAUGUCGACCCUUCAGAGGAAAGAGACGGUUGCUUUUCCAAAUUGUUUGUGUCUACCUUAAAUGGAGAGAGUUCACCAGAAAUUCCUAAGGAUGUCCCUAAUCAAUACAGUGCUGGCCAGACGCCAAUAUUUUCUUCUUCACAUUCACAUUUUAAUUCAGUCUCCAGCCCAGAACCUGAGAACACUUUAACAAGCAAAGAUGAAACGCUCUCCAUACAAGAUGGAAAUUAUCCAGAAGCUCCUGUUUUGGAUGAUUCUUCCCUUGCAAACAAUCAAAGAAAAUUUGAUUUUAGUCUGUUUGAUAAUUGUUCCCAGGAUGUUCAAGAGAGUAGAGUGGAAGUUGGCAGAAGUAAUCCACCAGCUGACAAGUCCAUAAAUAGUGAAACUAAUAAAGGAUCUGAAGAAGGUAAUACAUUUCUCCAUCUGCAUAGGAAUCAAAACUUUACUGAGACUAACUGCAAUGCAAACUAUACAGUGGAUGCAACUGAUUCUCAUUUGUCUGCCAAAUCUGACACAUCCAAGGUGUCUUCAUGUCUUGAGGCUCUUAAUGCUCUGAAUGCUAGAAAAGACCCUAAAGAGUCAAUUUACUCCACAGCAUCACCUGGGAUCCAGAAUGACUUGUUAAAAGCUAGCCCCAAAGUUCCCAUAUCCCCAAAAAGUCCCAGAAGUCCACUUGAUGCAGUGAAACGUGUAAUCAAACCCUCUGAUAGUCCUGUGAGCAUCUGUAGUGAUGGCAGCGACAAAGCAUCUCUAGCAUUGGCAUCUGGAUUGUCCCCAGCAAUACCCAAAGUUAGAAUUAAGACCGUUAAAACCACAUCUGGUCAGAUCAAGCGCACGGUUACCAGUGUCUUACCAGAGUCAGAGACAGACGACAUCUAUUCUGCUUACGAAUCCUCUCCGUCUCAGAGUGUGAUCAGUGAAGAUUCUUACUCCGUCUCCCCUCAUCCGUUUCAAAUGAGUGAACAUGCAGUUGGCAAAAAGUCUAAAGGCAGCCCAGCUAGCAUAACAUCACUGAAUGUUUUGGACAGAAAAUCCGAGCAAAACUCCAGAAAAUCUUUGGCUUUAGGUAAUGCCAACGUUGGCAAAAGAUCUUCUACACAUCGGGGGCAGAAACCAAAGAGAACAUCAUCCACUGCAGGUCAGAAAGCUAACACAACCUUCCUUCCAAAAGCUGUACACUUGGCCAGUCUGAACCUGGUACCUCACAGUGUUGCUGCUUCAGUAGCUGCACGUUCCGCUUCCCAUCUACAAAGUAAUUCUACACUUUCCUCAUCGGUGUGUAGUGGUGUCCCGUUAGUCCACCAGGUGACAGCAGCCAACCCUUUCCCCUGUGCGAAUGUUCCAAACACAGCUGCAGGAACUUUACACAGACUGCUGAACUGUGCUAACCCUGUGCCUACAUAUGUGCCCAACUUGACCCCACCUCCGGAGAGCAACAUCAACCUUCCACCAAAUGGAUAUUGCUGCCUCGAGUGUGGGGACUCCUUUGGGCUCGAAAAGAGUCUUUUGGGCCAUUACAGUAGAAGAAGCGUACAUAUUGAAGUGGGAUGUACGCAUUGCGCAAAAACCAUGGUUUUCUUCAACAAGUGUGCCUUGUUGGCACACGCGCGGGAGCAUAAAAGCAGCGGCGUGGUGAUGCAGUGCACGCAGCUCCAUCUGAAACCGUUAUCCGAGGAGCACAUGUUCGCUCCACUGAGCCCUGAGCCAGUGAGUUUGGCCUCCUGCACCUCAUCCUUAAGCUCAUCUAGAAUUGAACCCGUCCUGCCUUUAUAUCCAGAUAAUAUAAUACGGCACAGACAUCACUGUGUGGAGUGCAACAAGCAGCUGCAUGACUACAAAGCACUCGCGGGACAUUAUCAGAAGACAUCAGAAGAUGUGGAGGGUUUGAUUUGCCUAGUGUGCUCAAUGUUGUUACCCAACAAGUGCAGCUUGCGAGCUCAUCAACGACUUCACGCACACAAGUCCCCUUACUGCUGCCCCGAGUGUGGUGGUCUGAGUCGCUCUGCAGACAUACAGAAGCAUGUCAAGGAAAACUGUCUGCAUUACGCCCGCAAGGCUUGGUACAAAUGUCUGCACUGUGACAUGGUGUUCAGAACCCUCCAAGGACAAGAGACGCAUAUUGAGGAGAAACACUGUGACGUUUUUUAUAAAUGUAAUGUCUGUCCAGUUGCCUUUAAGACCUCGGACGCCUGUGAAGUACAUUUGAAAAAUAAACACUCUGCUAGCAAACUGGCACUUGAGUUAGUCUUGAAGUGUUCCUGUGAAGCACUUUUCAAGAAAAAGCAUCUCCUUUUUCAGCAUUUCCAUCAGAAUGCCAACAAGCGACUGAUCUGUGUUUUUAAGUGUCCUGAAUGCAACUCGGUGUUUCCACAAAAGCGGCUAUUAAUGCUGCACUUUAAGAGUGUUCAUGCAGGGAACAUGACUGCAGAUGUGCAUAAGGAAGCGAAAGAAAAAGACAAAACCAGCCUCCAUCCAGAUGUUCAUUCUGCAGAACGGCCACAGAGUACAGAUGUGCAUAAGUUUACAGGAAAUGGUAGAAAAAAGUCAAAGGACAUCAAGCCUCAAAUGAAGCCCAGCGGUUGGACCUGCGGCGAGUGUCUGCAGUGGUUUUCCGACAGGGAAUCCUAUGUUUCUCACGUAAAGACCAACCAUGGAAAGUCGGUAAAGAAGUAUCCGUGUCGACACUGUGAGCAGUCAUUCAAUUCUGCGAUCACCCUGAGGAGGCACAUUCGAAGUGACCAUGAUGGCAAAAGGAGAAUCUACUCCUGUUGGUAUUGCACUGAUACCAAGACGAUAUUCACAACAAGUGUGAUGCUAAAGAACCACAUCAGUCUAAUGCAUGGAAUUAAGAAUCCUGAUCUUAGUCAGAUGCCGAAAGCAUCGCUCCGGGAAUACAAAGAGCCUCUGGGAAAGAAGUUUCCGUCCGUCCUCCCCACUGUGGAUAUCCAGGCAGAUCAACGGGAUCCGACUGACCAAGAGGCUCCUUCAGCUAAACGUCCUAAAACACAGCACCGCUGUUUAAAGUGCGGCUUCACUACAGACAACAGGACAGACUUCCAACAGCAUAUACCUCUGCACAGAACAGAUGAAAGCACUCCUCAGUGUCUCCACUGCGGCCUGUGCUUUACAUCUGCACUGUCCCUCAAUAGGCAUCUUUUUAUUGUGCACAAAGUUAAGGAGGAGGAGGAGAAAGCUGAUGUUGGCACAGAGGAGCAUAACAAUCAGCAUGUUGGAUUAACAGAAAUACAUGAAUCCAAACCCCCUAAAACGGUAAGAAGAACCAAAACAACAGACGGUCAUUUAAAACUAAACCCAGCUUUAGACUCUAAGGAGCGUUCAUCUGGAGAAGAAGUCAUGCGACUGCCUCCUUGAAGCUGCUGAAACAGCCAACGAAAGUAAAGCCAAAUUAUACUGCAGUAUUCCUUUCUACAGUUGUGGUCAAUAAUUUUGUUCACGUCCUAUAUUCAUUCAUUUUUUUAGAGUGGCUUUUUUUCCUUUUCUCAUCUUUCCGGAAAAAUGUCACUACUUUUAAAAGAAAAAUGGAGACAAGCAUCAUUAGAAGACAAUUAGUGUUUUUGGGGCUCUGACAGCAGUCAAGUAAAAUGUCUGUCGUGUUGCUCAUAUUUAACGAUGUUGAAGCACAAAUUUGGCUGUGACUGGGGUGACACAUUUUAUCCCGUAAGUUUAAACAUUAUUAUUCUAAUGCAGUAUAUUCAUACAAAUUUGUUAUAUUUGAUUAUCAACAGUAUUUUUUUACCCAUAUACUUAAAUUAACCCUGCAUGUUGGUAAAAUAUUCAUGUUUCUUUUACGAUAUAGCUUCAUUCACGCAGUUUUUGUUCUUUGUCUUUGUUCAUGUUCCAUCUGUUUUGAAUGCUCAGGAAUGUUAGGUCUGAUAUUGUUUGUUGAAUUUCACCAUGUAAUGGAUAAUUUAUUCUUUUUUUUAUUAUUUAAUUUGAAAAUGUUUGCCUUUCAUUCCUGGGAAGGAGUAGGGUUUAAUCCUCGGCUAUACGAGUUUUAAUUUUUCAAAGAAAAAUAAAUUGAUCACAUCAAAGUUUAAUCAAAUUGAGUCAGAUUUCAAGAGAAAGCUUCAUUAGAUGUUUUUUUUUCUUUGUUGUGGUUUUAUAAAAUAUGUUUAAAAUAUGAGUGAGGGUCUUAAUAGAAGUGUUUGGAUGAAUCUGAGUAUGGUUAUGCUAAGGAUGUGACGCGCUGCAUCAACAUUGAAUGUACCUCAAAUCAGAUUUUCCUUUUUUCUUGUGGAACGCCAGUGUUUCGUCAAAUCAGGGUUCAAUGAAAGAAUCUUCAGCAGCGUAAAGAAAGAGAGAUUGUUUUCUUAUCCUCAUCCUGGUGAUGUGACCAUGAAUAUGUGAUGGAUUUAAUGGAGCUGCAUGAGUGUUUGUUUGUUUGUUGAAGGCAUGCGCUUUUUGUCUGCAAGUUCUGGUUUUAAGCAGCAGGUCCUACCUCCAUCGUUAAAAGCAGUGAUUGUUUCAGAGGGUUUAAGAGUUCACAGCUACUCUUGGUGCAAUUAAAGAAAAAAAAAUGUCUAUCAUCCCACAGUGAAUUUUAUAAAUUAUUUUGGGAACAAUUUUAAGGUUUUAUGGUCAUAUUGACCUGUCAAGCUAGAUUUCUUUAAUGAAAGUCCUAUCCCUAAAUUGUCACACCACAGAUCUAGAGGCCAAAAAAUGUUACUUGUUCAAGUUUUGCUCUUUUGUACUGUUUUAUAAAAGACCAUUGUACUUUUCAUACUGUGUACUAGAAGGACUUGUAUAGAGAAGGAGUUUGUGUACAUAUGAAACCAGUGAAAUGUGGAUUGACAGCAUCUUUAAAGCCAUCUCAUCUGUUCGGCAUGCAAUGGCCCACGUGCCUUGUUAUGUUUACGCAAAGUACUUACAAAUAAACUGAUCCAUUGAAUUACAUAUCA